AUGCUGGAUGUGCUGCCCGCCGAGCUUCUCCACGCCAUCGCAUACGGCGUGGGCGUGCUGGGUGCGACGGACGUGCUGGCGAUGGCGAUGACGUGCAAGGCUCUCCAUGGCGUGCUGCUUGGCGAUCGGUAUAGCCGCGCACAUGCGCACGCCUUGAGCGGCUACAAUGCUUGCGUGGCGCACAAGCUGUGGGACGGUGCUCGACUGGCUGCUGCCAGCGCGAUGAGAGGCGCGUCCGCUGCCGACGGCCUGAGGCUGUGGCCGGCGAGCUCGAUCCGCCCAGUGGUGGCGGCUCAAGCAAGCGACGAUCCGGCCUGGACCGCCCUAGUGGCUCAUCUGGCACGCGCUGGUGUCUGCUGCAAGGUCGAGCGGUACAUGGUGUGGGCCUAUGGUUGCGGCGACCUGGAGCUUGUCUCAAUCCUCGGCCUUGUCUUGGCCUUUGGCCUCGAGGGUGAGCUCGUCCAGGCAGUCAUGGCAGCUUCGCCGCCUUGGAGCCAGAGAAUGGCGCUUCCCAUCGCUGCGCACAUCGGUGCGCUCCACGCUGUAGAGCUGAUACUGGCGAACACAACACAUGGAGCUGGUGGGGGGAGUGGCCGUGGUGACGGCUGGCUCUUCGAUCUCGCGCUUCUGUACGCUUGCCGGAGCGAGGCGGGCGACAGCGCUGCUGUGGUGGCGCGACUACUCGCGGACGAGCGGGUCGAUCCGACUGUGCAGGCCAACGCGCCGUUGCGUGAUAGCUGCUACCACGGACGAGAAGCGACGGUCGCCAUUCUGCUCGACGAUCCGCGAGUUAAUCCGUCGGUCGACUCCAACGUGGCGCUGUGCGAGGCUGUCGAGCGCGGGCAGCUCGGCAUCGUCUUGCUCCUCCUCCAACAUCCUGCCGUCGAUCCGACCGAUCUGGGACAUGAAGCACUGCUCCUUGCCAUCUCGCGCGGAAACAUGGAUGUUCUUGAUGCGCUUCUCGCCGACUCGCGGGUAGACUCGUCGACCCGCGGCCAGCUCCCGCUUCGGCUUGCAGCCGAGAAUGGCCGCAUGGACGCUAUCGCGCGACUCCUCGACGCCGGCGCACUUGGUCAUGGCCAGAAAGCUCAAGCAGUGCGCGAGACUGUUGGGCACGGCGAUGCAGCCGACGUCCUUGCUGCGAUAGAGCUCGCCAGGUCUAGCAGCGACGAGUCGUGACAUAACACACGCCAUCGCGGCCGG